AUACAUUUGUUUCUAUCCUCAAAUCAGGGAUUCAGUCUCAUCAAUAUGAAAUGCAACGACGCUAUGGAUUUGUGUCAACACUAUUUUAUUCUGCCCCUCUAUAGUCACGAGGUCUUAGCAGUUUUCGAAUACACGAAGAACCCUUACAAACUCCAGGUCGGUGUUCGAGAAGGGAUACAAAGCAGAGACUGGAGAUUUUUCCAGGACGACUGUGAUGGGAAGUAUCGAUGGUGCGAAUCCGUCGACUCUGAAGCGAGUUGGGACUACGACGAAUCGUGGAGAUACACGAUUUGCUUCGAAAACUCCUUUGAUGAUAUUUCGAUACCCGAAGGAUGCGCUAAGCCGCUUGCCGUCGUAACUUAUGACAGUCAUCAUUACGAUGACAAAGUGCGCGGUCAGCAGAUGCUGCUCUGUCUGCCCUAGUUUGCAUGGUUGUAAUCAAAUCAUCACAGGUCAUAGUAAGCAGGAAUGUUGACCAAACAUUCAGGAGUCGAAUUUAGAAAUUCAAAUUUAUGAAACUAUUAUAUCGCAGACUUCCUAUAUCUUCUAGGAUCUGGGGUUUUCCGACCAGCCCACCACAUCCUUCCCGGAUAUACCUUUAUGCUGCUGCCAUAUUUCAGUCAUGUUCCCAGGCCCUGUAUUCAAUAACGGUACUGACUGGUAAUAUUUUUGUGCAAAAAGGAGCCAGACUAUUUUCCUUCCAGCCUCGCUUUGAUUACGUUGAUUUGAAUGGGAAAAAUCAAGAUGGCCGCAACAUGAUAAUGGUCUAUUGCCAAUUGUCACAAGCGCAUAUAGGCUGCACCUAUAAACCUUGGCUGCCGCGAUCGACCAAACGAGCCCCAGUAUACCUUUACGAAGAUGCUAACCUAGACUUUGCGAAUCGUCCCUAAAAGGAAGAGCUCACCAAUCACGCAGAGUUACUUCUUCUAUAUCCUAAACCCCCAAACAGACUGUCUGCAACGUGUGAUUGACUUGUGAUUGACUAUAGAUUACGACUCUGCUGUUUGAAACGUUCAGCCCCAGCAGAUAGACACGUCACAUUUGCCGAGUUAUGAAGGGGCCAUA